UUCUUUCCGUUGAGUGCCCGCACGCUGCUUGCCGUUUCCUGCAGCCUAUAUAAAUCCGGCGAGAGCACAUUUCCUAUCCAUCUCACUCAUCACACACACUGCUGCUCAUACUUCACUGCUAGUACUACCGUGGCACCAAGCUCUCUUCCGCCAAGAUGUCCACGGUCACCCGCGCCUACCUCGACCAGAGGCUCGCCCUCGCCAACCGCUGCUCCAGAGAGGCUGCCAUGGCCGGAGCCAAGGCCGCUGCCGUCGCCACCGUCGCUGCCGCAGUCCCCACCCUAGCGAGCGUGAGGAUGCUGCCGUGGGCGAGGGCGCACCUGAACCCGACCGGGCAGGCGCUCAUCAUCUCCACCGUCGCCGGGAUGGCCUACUUCAUCGUCGCCGACAAGACCAUCCUCUCCAUGGCCAGAAAGCACUCCUUCGAGGACGCGCCGGACCACCUCAAGAACACCUCCUUCAACUAAUUAGGCUAUAAUCUGCACGCCGGCCUGGAAGUAUCUGCUGGAAGAUAGUAUAAUGUUCAGCACUUAUUCGAGAUCAGGCGAGCCUUGCAGACAGUCAGUGGUGUAGCAUUGCGCUUCGCUGCGUGCAACUUAUCUGAUGAAGUAAUCAUCAUGUAUCCAGCCAGUAAUCUUGAAUUAAUAAUGACUUGUAUUUGUACAACUCAGGUUUACCCAUCAUCAUCCCAUCUUACAUUUCCUUGUUUU